AUGGAUAGAAUCCAUCAACUAGGUGUAGGGUUCGCCGUACACAAGAACUUUGUGCGCUAUGUAAAGGAAUUCAACCCUAUAUCUGAACGAAUAAGCACGACAAGAUUAGAUACGAACCCAAUGAAUUUAUUCAUAAUUAACGUACAUGCACCCACCGAAGUCAAAGAAGAUAUAGAGAAGGAUAUUUUUUAUGAAGAGUUAGCCAAAAUAUUUGAUGAAUCGCUAAGAAACACGAUAAAAGUUAUAAUCGGCGAUUGCAACGCAAAAAUAGGUAAGGAGACUAUGUUUAUACCCAAAAUUGGUCUACAAAGUACGCACGAAAGAAGCAAUAAUAACGGCCAAAGGCUAAUAAUAUUUGCAUCCUUGAGAAACAUGACCAUUAGUAGUACAAUUUUUCCUCACAAAGAUAUCCACAAGUGCACAUGGUUCAGGUCUAGUAUCUUGAAUGUAAGAAGCUACCAUGGAGCGGACUGUGAUACUGACCACUUUUUAGUCAUAGCAAAAUGCAAAAUUAAGCUAAAGAAGAUAUGCACAAAUAAUAAUAAAAUGAUGAAAUUCGAUAUCACCAAACUUAUGCGAGAAGAAGAAAACCAAAAAUACAUUCAUGAAAUUGAAAAGGAGUCAGAAACGAAUCAGAGAAAGGAGGCAAGGCAUGAAUAUAUUGAAUACAAGACAACACACCUUAAGAAAGCUUUCGAGGCCGAACGUAGAGAAUGCAAAAAAGUCGUUCAGAGAGAAAAAAGAAAAUAUUUGAACGAACUCCUACAAUCGACAGAACAAAACUUCACACAAGGAAAAGUGAGACAUUUUUUUGCAGUCAUAAAAAAGAGUAAACAAUUCAACCCAAUGCUUAAAGCCAUCAAAGAUAAAAAUGACAGAAUAUUUAUAGAGCCACAAGCUAAAAUAUCUAGAUGGCGUGAAUACUUUGAAGAGCUACUUAACGGUGAAAUGCCAGAGACGAACUGGAAAGCACCAGGACAAGAUGGCAAACUAGCCGAAUUCAUUAAACUAGGUGGUAAAAGAUUACAUGAAGCCAUACAUACACUGUGCAAACAGAUCUGGUACGAAGAAAAAUUGCCAGACGAAUGGAACAAAGCCAUAAUUAUAGGUCCGUAUCACCAGCACGGCCACUUUUGA